AGUACAGAAGGAUUCAUUAUAAAUACUCUCUUAUGAUUAUAGCAACAGAACGAACAGAGCUUCAGUGGCAUAGAUGGGUCAAACUCUGAGCUGCCGUGUACCAGGCAUCGAGCAAGAUUUAUAUGCCGCCGUGCAGUCCGGCGAGCUCAAGGUGGUGGAAUCCAUCCUUCAGCUUCAUCCUGGAAUUCUCCGGCGAAGAACUCUCCACAGCGACCUCUCUGUUCUACACAUAGCCGCUGCCAAUGGUCAUCUCGAGGUGCUUUCCAUGCUUCUGGAUCUCGGGGCUCACCCCAAUGCUCUCAGCCGGCAAAAACGGACUCCCCUUAUGCUGGCUGCAAUGCGUGGGAAGUUAGCUUGCAUUGAGAAACUCCUUAGAGCGGAAGCAACCAUAUUGCUGUUUGAUUCAGUCCAUCGAAGAACUUGCUUGCACUAUGCAGCCUACUAUGGUCAUUCAGAUUGCUUGCAAGCGAUUCUACAGACUGCGCACUCAAGCCAGAUUUCUGACUCAUGGGGAUUUUCUCGUUUUGUAAAUGUCAGAGAUGCAAAGGGGGAAACGCCAUUGCAUCUUGCUGCCAAGCAAAACCGAUUGGACUGUGUCCGAACGCUGUUGGAAAAAGGAGCUCUUGUCUCCGCUUCAUCUGGUUAUAGCGGUUUUCUAGGAAGCACGCCUCUUCACUUGGCAGCACGUGAAGGUUCCCUGGAAUGUGUACGUGAGUUGCUUGCUUGGGGAGCUGAUCGCCUUCAAAUGGACUCAGCUGGGAGGACAGCAUAUGUUGUUGCAUCGAGGAGGCAUCCUUUAUGCGCUGCUCUGCUGAAUCCAUCUUCUGCAGAACCAUUAGUAUGGCCUUCUCCAUUAAAGUUCCUCAGUGAACUUAACCCAGACGUAAAGCUUCUAUUGGAGAAAGCUCUCGUGGCCGCCAACAGGAAAAGAGAGAAGAAGAUCAUGAAAGGAACGGUUUUCUCGUUGCCAUCGCCUGCACGGUCCGAAAGUGUGGAUGAUGAUAAACUUGAGUGUAACAGCAUGGAACUCUGCUGCAUUUGCUUCGAGCAGGCCUGUACAAUAGAGGUGCAAGACUGCGGGCAUCAGAUGUGCGCGCACUGCACCGUGUCCUUGUGUUGCCAUAGCAAGCCCAAGACCGAUAGCCAAUGCCAUCCUGCACCGGCCUGCCCUUUCUGUCGAAGUGAUAUUGCUCGGUUGGUGGUGGCAAAUUCAAAGACUAAGGAGGAGAUAGAGAAAUUAGGGGAAGGCAAUCAUAAAGCUUGAAUGAAGGAAGCGAGGAAGCAGCAGCUUCCUUUUUUUCCGCAUGGUUCAAAAAGCAGUGAUAUGCUUCGCAAACUUUGAGCAAUUUGGUGCUGUUUUUCUUAUGAAUUAUAUUUGCAAAUAGUAAAGAAGAUAUGUACCUAAUUGUUCGUAGGGGUCAUAAAUCAAAGAAAAGUUGAGGUUAGGUUUUAUAUUU